ACACUAUUCAAUCUCUAAAUCGGUAAAUCCGUGAUUAAAGUGAAACAAAAUCUAAACCGGAACCGCGAAAGAUUCGGUUUUUUACUAAUUUUCUCUCUCCAAACUCUAGCCAAAUUUUCCCGAGAAAGUGAUUCUUAAAACAAACACAACCUAUAAAUGUGGCGGAGGUCAGCCUCGUUCAUUUUGGACAAGUACCAAACCACUCAAAACGAAGCCCUUCCAUCGGAUUCAAUCACUCUCUCGCCUCCACCGCUCUCAGCCUCCACCGCCAUGGCCGCGCCGCAGAACCCUAACUUUGACCAGAACAUGUCGAUUUCGGCAUACUACCAGACUCGCGCGGCGCACCACGGCGUCGUGACGAGCGACUGGCUGGCGCAGGCACAGGAGGCAGCCACAACGGCGGCGGGACCUGAAGUUGACGCCGGUGUGAGGAGUGGAAGGACGUUCAGUGUGAUCGAGGAGUUUAAUAGUUGGAGGAAACAACCGGAUUUGGCGGAGGCUGUGGCGGCUAUACGUGCGUUGGCGGCUGUUAUUAGAAACAGUGAAGCUAAUACUAUGAUGGAGCUUGAAAUUGAACUUAAAAAAGCAUCCGAUUCACUCAAAUCAUGGGACAGCACUUCUAUUUCUUUGACAGCAGGCUGCGAUUUGUUCAUGCGAUAUGUAACCAGAACUUCAGCCUUAGAAUAUGAGGACUUUAAUUCUGCUAAGUCUCGGUUGAUUGAACGUGCAGAGAAGUUUGGGGAGAUAUCUUAUAAGGCACGAAGGAUCAUUGCAAUGCUUAGUCAAGAUUUUAUAUUUGACGGUUGCACUAUUUUGGUGCAUGGCUUUUCCAGAGUUGUUCUGGAAGUACUGAAGACAGCAGCACAAAAUAAGAAACUCUUCCGAGUUUUCUGCACAGAGGGAAGGCCAGACAGAACUGGAUUACGAUUGUCCAAUGAGCUGGCCAAACUUGAUGUUCCCGUGAAGCUUCUAAUAGAUUCAGCUGUUGCAUAUUCUAUGGAUGAGGUAGAUAUGGUUUUUGUUGGAGCGGAUGGAGUAGUUGAAAGUGGAGGUAUCAUUAACAUGAUGGGUACAUACCAGAUUGCAUUAGUUGCUCACAGCAUGAACAAACCGGUUUAUGUUGCUGCAGAGAGCUAUAAGUUUGCACGUCUUUAUCCAUUGGAUCAGAAAGACAUGGCUCCCGCCUUACGUCCUAUUGAUUUUGGUGUACCCAUCCCGUCCAAGGUUGAGGUCGAAACAUCCGCCCGGGAUUACACUCCUCCACAGUAUCUCACUCUUCUCUUCACAGAUCUAGGUGUUCUUACUCCAUCCGUAGUCAGUGAUGAGCUUAUUCAGCUCUACUUGUAGGAUUAUAAGUCAUGUUCUUCAAAUAUAAUUUUGUCCGAGAGGAAGUAAUAACUGAAAUAUUUUUAUUUUUGACAGUAUAUGUGGAUGCUUUAUGGUUCUUUAUCACAUGAAACCAGAAAAUUUAUUUUAUUAA